GUACAGGGGUGUUGCAGCCUCAAAGGGUUUCAGUCUACAGCUUUUCCUCACUGAAGCUCGCCUUUCAUGUCACUAGUGCUACAGUAGGACUUGUCUGUGCAGACGCAGCCAACCUCUUCCUCAUGACGCCACCGAGGCUGGGCUCAGAGGGCUCCGAUCAUAUUAUUUAACACACCCACCCUGGAUGAACACUUGGAAGGAAGACAAGGCGGUGUAAAGGGGGGUACAAAUGACAAGCAGGAUCCCUGCACCUGCCAGCCAGUCUCUGAUUUGACUUCAACGAGGCUUGCUGGAGCGGGACAGCAUCCAAGGAUCGCAGCGGAUCACCUGUUAUUUUAAUGGAAUUUUCACUUUCUUUUUUUUUUUUAAAUUAUCUUUAAUACAAGAAAGGCUGUGUUUUUGUGGACUAUAUCAAUCUCUCCUGUUACUUUUUUUUUUUUUUCAGUUAUCACACAUUUGACAGCUCACUCCGUGCUGGUAGAAAUACAAGGAAGCAGAUUUUAGGAAGAAUAUCGCUGUUUUUAACAGGACCCCCCACCACACCCCACCCCCACCUCCCUCUCUCCUCCUUCCUGGUACCUCUUCUUAGCGAUUUAUUUAGUGGUCCGUCCUCCUGACUCUGUAUCCUGCUCAACAAGGCAAUGAAUGAAGAUCACUUCUUGAGUCGCUGCCAGUGAAGUGUUCAGAGCUCACAAUGUGUCGGUCAGUCCACCUGUCUGACUGGGAAUGAAGAAUUUGGACUAUUGUUAAAAAAAAAAUAAAGCACAUCAUGGAGUUGUCAACAUAGGCUGACACGCAUUAUGUGUGCAAUUAUUACAGUACAUCUUCAAGCCCACAUCGCUGCUUUGUCAUCGUAUAACAGUGUUGGACAUCAAUGUCGCUGCCUGUAAGGUGCGCUGCGCUUAAAGCUUACUCUGCGUAAAGAAAAAAAAUACAUAUGAAGAUGAUAUUGUUUCGUAAAUUCAGAGUGUUUAUUCUCAUGGUGUUUUUGGUAGCAUGCACUAUGCACAUCAUGAUUGACUUGUUACCGAAACUAGAGAAGCGGGCAGCGGACAGCGGGGACGGCGGCUGUCAGUGCGCUCACCACCCGGGCGGGGAGUCUCAGGGCUGGGGGAAGCAGCGCGCCAGGUCGGUGGCUGAAGCGGGCUGGCCUAACAAGCACACGCUAAGAAUUCUGCAAGAUUUCAGCAACGAGCCGAGCUCCAACCUCACGUCGCAUUCCCUGGAAAAGAUCACUGCAGCCGCCGGGGACAAAACGGAGUCCUACAGGAGGAUGGAACCGUCGGCGGGGAAGACGAAGGACCACAAGCCGCUCAUCGGAGACGCGAGCGGGGGUCGGACCGUCCCUGCCCAUGGUGUAUCGCGACUGUCCGUUCUAUUUGAUCAUCCUUUAUACAAGGUUGACCUUCCUUCGCUCACGAACGAUGACUCUUUGUUUAACGUCAACACUGACAUCAGGUUUUACCCGAGAGCAACAGGAAACCAAGGAUGGAACAAUGAGGCGGGGAACGAGGAGGAGGAGGAGGAGUUCUCUCCAACGGGAGAAGUGACAGCAGAAUCUUACCCCAACUGGUUACGUUUCCACAUCGGUAUCAACCGCUACGAGCUUUACUCCAGACACAGUCUGGUGCUGGACGCCCUACUGAAGGACCUCGUCACACAGAGGAUCACCAGCGUGGCCAUGAAAUCAGGAGGCACCCAGCUGAAGUUGAUCAUGACUUUCCAGAAUUAUGGACAAGCGCUGUUCAAGCCCAUGAAGCAGACCCGAGAUCAGGAAACCCCUCCAGACUUCUUCUACUUCUCCGACUUUGAGAGGCACAACGCUGAGAUAGCAGCUUUUCACUUGGACAGGAUCCUUGACUUCCGGAGAGUGCCCCCGGUGGCAGGGCGACUUGUCAACAUGACGAGGGAGAUCAGGGAUGCGACGCGUGAUAAGAAGCUGUGGAGGACCUUCUUUAUCUCACCAGCCAAUAACGUCUGCUUCUACGGUGAGUGCUCGUACUACUGCUCCACUGAGCACGCUCUGUGUGGUAAACCGGACCAGAUCGAAGGCUCGCUGGCAGCCUUCCUGCCGGACCUGAACCUGGCCAAACGCAAGACGUGGAGAAACCCCUGGAGACGCUCCUACCACAAACGCAAGAAAGCAGAGUGGGAGGUGGACCAAGAUUACUGCGACGAGGUUAAACAGACUCCUCCGUAUGACCGAGGCACUCGACUGCUGGACGUCAUGGACAUGACCAUCUUUGACUUCCUAAUGGGUAACAUGGAUCGACAUCAUUAUGAAACUUUUGAGAAGUUUGGAAAUGACACCUUCAUUAUUCACCUGGACAACGGAAGAGGGUUUGGAAAACACUCCCAUGAUGAGCUGUCCAUCCUGGUGCCUCUCAGCCAGUGCUGCAGGGUGAGGAAAUCUACUUACCUGCGUCUCCAGCUGCUGGCCAAAGAGGAGUACCGGCUGAGCUCCCUGAUGGAGGAGUCCUUGCUCCGUGACCGACUGUCCCCGAUCCUCAUCCAGCGUCACCUCCAGGCCUUGGACCGCAGGCUCCGGCUGGUGCUGCAGGUCCUGGCAGGCUGCAUAGAGAAGGAAGGUCAUAUUAAUGUUGUGGAGGAAGAGGUAGUCGGGGACACAUCCACCCAAAGGAGCCCCGGCCACAGGUAGUGAGGACGAGACUCGAGGGUGACAGAAAACCACCGAAGACACAUGAACAACGGACCACGUCUGUGGCUUUCCGACCAAAUGGGAUGAACCAAAAGUCCCACUUCUGAUAUCAAGCUGAAUUCAGUGAAUUCCAAGACUUGCCAUCAUUGCCUCUCUGGAAAACUGCUUUUACGUGUGUUCAUAUAGAAGAAACCGUCCACAGCUGCCAUGAAAGACUGUGCUCACACAGAGGCUUUUUAUUUGUUAGAUACAGAUGUAUUUUUGUUGUAUAAGACAUAAAGGAACCCCUGCUGUGUUCUGGUUGUGUCCUGUAUGUUUUGAAUAUGGAGGGUAUCAGUUAGAUUCAUGUGUUUUAUUAUAUUAGUACAUAACCAAAUGAGAAUGCACAGUGACUGGGGCAGAAUAUGGUCAGACAAUAAGCUUUAUCAGUUAUCACGAUGUAUGAGAAGGUUGAGAACAAUGUGUGGAAGAUGUUUUUUUCUUUUUGUAAAACAUGUCAGACCUGGCACAGACACUCUACAACCAGGAGAAUAAGCAAACAGUUUGUUCUCUUAAUUUUCUUUAUAAGCUUUCUGUCUUGGCACAGACUGAACAUGUUACCACGCUCAUCUGAACAGUGUAAAUCUGAGUGCAAGCAUAUUUGACACUGAAGUUCAAACAGUACGUUCACUUUGCCUUAUUCUGAUUUUGUAUCCUAUUUUUUUUUACUUUCCCGAUUCCCCCUGCAAGCCUAGAACAUGCAGUACAGCAGCACAGCACUAAAAUAGUAUUUUCCAAAUCAAAAAUAAUGCCUAGAUGGUAAUUUCAGUCAAACCAUUCCUACAUGCGAACCUGAAACAUUUACAAUUAUCUGUUAUAAUAUGAUUUUACAAUUAAUGCAAUGCAAAAUGUUACAGUUUGUAUGUUUUUAGGAGAUUCCAUGUCCAAAUGACUAUUUAUUGGUGUGUAACAAAGAGUGAGAGCGGUUUUAAAGAUCCUAGGUUAUGUUGCUUUGUACGUUGGGAAAUAUUUACCUUAGGUACCUUAGCAUUUGGAUGCUAUUUAAAUUGACAUUCCUUUGAGUACUACUUUGUUCACAUGAUAGGAAAACAACAAAGCUAUUGGAAAUUUGACAUUGAGGUGGUGCCAUGCAGUUUUCACUUUCCUCCUGAGAGUCCUGUGCUCUGGCUGACCCGGUACCUGUGCAAUGACAGAAAUACAGUACUUGAAUGUUUUUGGGUUGGCAGUAUGGACAGGAUUCAUAGUGGGUGGACUCAAGUCUGAGAAGUGCUUCGGGGGUUAUUGAGGGGUUAAAAUGCCUCCUCCCACUACAGGGAGAACCUCGGGCAGUGUUCUUUGAUUUUCAUAUUCUCAGUGUAAAUACCUAUAAAUACUUUGAAGACCAAGCUACACCGCACAGUGAUUUGCUUCUGUUUUCUGCUAUUGCAUUGUUACUGUGAAGAUCUGUUUACUAAAUGAUUAAAGUGUGCAAUAAAAACAAAACGUGAGGA